AGGCGUUGUCGUGUUUUUUUUUUUUGGUGUUUUUUGAGAGCGGGACUUGGGACUUGGGAAUUAAAAAUGGAGCAAGCUUUGCUUGGCCUUGGUCUCCACCAUUGCCGAAGGGUCGGAUGGAAUCUCUGCUGGUCCGAAUCGAAUCUCUGCUGGUCCGAAUCGAACCUCUGCUGGUCCGAAUUGAAUCUCUGCCGGUCCGGAUCGAAUCUCUGCUACUACGAUCUCCAAGUCAUUUGUCGCCGAGCUGUUGUCCCCUUCUGCUAUUUGAGUUGCCGUCUCCCUUAAAGAGAUCCUCUGCCACGUGGUUAAACGUAGGACAUCGGUGUCUUCUGCCAGUCGCAAUGCUGUUGCCACGUGACCCGUGAAGAUCGCCCCGCCACGUGGUGCCACGUGUCCCGUUAAGGUCGCCCGCCACAUGGUCCCACGAAUGUGCUGCUGACAAGUGUCCGGUCACACGAAUCGGCUCCUUCAACGUGGCCCUUGAAGAUCGCCCGUCGCGUCGUCACACGAAUCUUCACGAAUCUUCUGCUGCCACGUGUUCGCACGUGGGACAUUCACGUGUCCUUUGACAGUCGCGGAGCAUCGGCAAUCAGUUGCUGUCACGUUUAAUCUGACAGAUCGCCCGCCACGUGGUUGCAAAUAGGACCUUGUUAUCUUUUGCGAAUCGCAAAACAUCGACAAUCUGCUGCUGCCACGUGCAAUUUGGAAGAUCGCUCUCCCCCUCCACGUGGUUACAGAUAGGACCGUGGUGUCUUUUGGCAAUCGCGAAGCGUCGGCAGUCGGCGGCAAUUGGCUGCUGUCACGUUCGUUCCCCCUUGGAGGAGGUCUCUAUUGUCUGGAGAAGGGCUCUGCGGAAUCGCUGUGAUUUUUGAUAUGUCCCCUAUGUGCAAUAGCAGCUAUCUUUUCUCUUCUUGACAAUUUUUAGCAUCCCUAUCUAACGCGGCCUAGACUGUUGUGACUCGCUUUGAACUGCUGACUGUGGUGCAUCAUCAUGCGUGGACCUAUUUAGGGUCUUACGGUUUGAGAACCUACGAACUGAUUGAUUGAUUGAUUGAUUGAUUGAUUGAUUGGCUGAUUGACUGUCGGGUAAAUUGCCCACAGGGACGCACACAGUUAAUUGAUUGAUUGAUUGAUUGUUUUCUGAUUGAUUGAUUGAUUGGCUGAUUGAUUGUCGGGUUAAUUGCCCACACACAGGGACGCACACAGUCAAUUAGGUUGAUUGGUAUUUUGUCUCUUCCGUCGGUCUAGUCAUCAAGAUGAGUAAUCGACCGUAUCGACCUCCAGUGUUUGUGCCAUUGGAGAACGAAGAAGAUGCAGAGCCCAUGGCGCUGCUUGGCUCUUCCGCACGACCGAAGAGUGGCGAUGGCGGUCAAGGGAGAGGCGGGGGAGGAGGUGCUGCUACGUCCACCUCCUCCUCCUUGCGGGAGGCCUCAGGCGGUGCCGCCACCUCUACUAUCCCUGGCCUCCCUGAUCCUCCUCAGCGUUGGGUAUCUGGUAUUUGCGCGUGUUGUGAUGACCUGGACAGCUGUUGCCUAGGGUGUUGGUGCCCCUGCGUUCUAUUCGGUCGGAACGUUGCCGCUCUUAGCGACAAGCCAUGGGUAGGUCCGUGUGUGCUGUACUGCUUGAUGGAUGUGUUGAUUAGGUUAGUGGGGCUGAAGUUGGCCGGUGCGUGUGGAUGGUAUUUCUUGUCUUUCGGGUCUUGCUACACCUUUUCGCAAAGGCGAAAGCUGCGCACCAAGUACAACUUGCAGGAGGGCCCUUGUAUGGAUCCCUGCACUCAUUACUGGUGCCCCUGGUGCGCUGUGUGCCAAGAGUAUAGAGAGAUUAGGGAGAGGUCCACCAAUCAGUUCGUUCUUCUGAAGACGGACAUCUCAGCGCCUGUUCCGCAGACCAUGGAGCGCCAUCCAUCACCGGGAUUGGGAUCGGUAUUGGGACUUCCGGUCGCGACUGAGCCUUCUUCUUCUGCAAACCACCAGCAUCAUCGCACGGUGAAUCGCCGCUCUCUUCCUGAACUCUCUCCACUAGAGACGGUCGCUCUUCUUCCCCUGUCUUCUGGUUCCUCCGCCGCCGCCGACGCCAAGCUGAUGCUUCAAGAGUACGAGAGGUUAGAGCUGGCAGCGGGGGCAGAAUCAGGGGGGCCAGCAGGGACAGGCGGCGGCGGCGGCAGCGGUGGGAGGAGUGAAGAGGAGGGAGUGAGUACAUCAUCAGGUGCGAAAAGGGGUGUGGAUUUACAGUAGAACUCUUUUUGGCACAGAGGAUCCAAUCGUCCUCUUUGCUGCACCUGGCCACAAACACGUCCAGAUUCAGGCGCUCCUGUCUUGCCUUGUCUGCUGCUAUCGUAGAAAAACACGUCUCAGUUAUCGCUUGGUGUUUUCUCCGGCCUCGUCGCGGUUCUACUUGCCAUUAUGAUGAUGAUUUUGUAAUCAUUGGCGAGAGAUUGACCAGCAGAUCGAAAAUGGCGGGAAACUGGACGUACUACUGGCGAGACAAUGACCAGAUUAAAAAAUGGCGGGACGAGAACGAAAAUGGCGGGAACGAAAAUUGUGGGAACAAAAAUGGCGGGAACGAAAAUUGUGGGAACAAAAAUGGCGGGAACGAAAAUGGCGGGAAACGGGACGUACUACUGGUGAGACAAUGGCCAGAUGGAAAAUGGCGGGAAAGUGGACAUACACUCUACACAUUGUGAGUUUUUCAGUGCGUUGUUCUGAUAUCGGUCAGACAAAACAGACAAAAGAAGACUUGCUGGUGGUGGUCUUUCCCGCCCCUUUUCCGCGGCAAAACCCUCUGCAUUCCCGCCGGUUUUCUUGCGGCCGACCGAUUAUAUGCCAGACCUUUAGGGCGCCAACUUGUCAUUUCCCGGGUGCUGCAGUCUUCGACUUGUUGUUUUUCCCGCCGUUUUGGGAAGAACCGGCGCCCGCCAGUUUUAUGGUAUCCUGGCGAUGCGUAUCUUCCCAAAAGCUUUGAUGAUGAUGCCCACCCUUUUUACGAAUUUGAUGAUGAUCCCGCCCAGUCGCCGAAUCCGCUGAUGAUGCCGAUGAAAAUGAUGAAGACGAUGACGUGUCCUUCACCACGAGAGCUUCUCUCCUCUGAUUAGUCAUUCAGCCAUUAACUAGUAAUACGUAAUAAUAAAGUUUUUUCAUUCUUCCUGCGGUAACAUUCAGUGUAUAUGGCCGUCCGGCGGUUAUGCGGCGUUGGGCGGGAAAAAGCGGUAUUUGAACCCGCGACUUCUGGUUCGGCGGUGGGCGGGAAAAACGGGAUUUGAACCCGCGACUUCUGGUUCGGCGGUGGGUGACUCCGAAGUGUGUACUUACAUUAGCUUCAGCUUCGCAGUGGAUCUCCGCCGGAGGUUCCAUGGCGGCAGAAAGUUCAGCAGUCUUCCGCUGGAUGACGUUAUAGGUGAUUGUCGUCAAAUUUGCCGCCGACAGAGGUCAGCUCUCUUUUCAGCCGUCAAAUUUGCCGCCAACAGAGCUCAGCUCUCUUCUCAGCCGUUGAAUUUCCUGCAGACAGAGCUCUGCUCUCUUUUCAGCCGUCGAAUUUCCCGCCGACAGAGCUCAGAUCUUUUUUCAGCCGUCAAAUUUUCCCCGCCGACAGAGCUCAGCUCUCUUUUCAGUGAGGCGAGGGGGAAAGAAAGAGAAGAUCAAAACAAAUGUGUGGCUUGUCCAGAGGAGGGAGGGGGGGGGGGUACUGCCUCCACCGUCGCCGACCACCUGCGGUCUCCAUUCAGAUUCGCGCCUGUUUGCAGCCUGUCAAUGAUUUGCGAUGUGCCGUGUGCUAUAUAUACAUCUAUAUACUUGUCUCCCACUCUGCCUACUACGGUUUACCAGGCAGGUCUGUUUGACAGAGUAUAUAGCAGUUGCAUAGUUUUUGUAAUCUGCCCCUUACCUGCUUUCCCCUUCCCCUCUCCACACCCGAUGUGUCCAAGCCUUAAACGUCCCCUACUGUCUGCCCCCGAACACAACGCACCCUGAUCAUGAAUGUAUGCAAGCUAUCUUUCCGGUCCGAUACGUUCAUGACGAGGGGGCAUUGUUUUCGGUGGAAGACAGGAAGGUAGCAAGCCCUCGCUGAUAGGGUUUGUAAUUACGGUAUUGAUUGACGUCCAGAUCAUCGGUAUCAUCGGUACGGCUAUGCACGUCACAUUUAGGGUUUCUAGCAGCAAUGCUAUUAUAGUUUUUACCCUGUUGCCAGUCUGAUCAUCAGUUCACCCAUCCACCCAGCCAUCAAUUUGCAGCAGUGAUGGGGUGAUUUUGCGGUAGUGGGUCACGUGAAG